AAAUUUGUAAACUAAAACAUUGAAUAAAUAAAUGAGUGUAACUUGGAAUUGCUACAAAAAAUAAUAAUAUCACGAUCAAUUUCUAUCUUGUGUAUCUGAGUGUUUUCAUGCUCCGACGAAGGAAAGAUUCUUUUGAGAUAUGAAAGCGUAAAAGUAAUGCGAUUUAUAUUAAAGCUUGAAUUUAUCAAGCGACAAUCUUCCAGAUCGCAUUAUUAAAAAGCGUUAAGCAGGAAAAUCGUUUCAAGUUUAAUAUCAUUAUUAUUAUUAUUAUUGUUAUUGUUAAAUAAGAUGACAGCAACAACGUUAUUGAUAAUUGUGUUAUGUAUGGCACGCUUGGCUAUAAGCCAACAAGCAGCGAAAUCGACACCCGCACCGACAUCAAGAGCAGUUGAUAAGUACGCACAUACCGGUAUCUAUGAGACUCACGCCAAGGAAGCUCUUCUAGUGGCUGCGAAACGCAUGCAACACGUUUACAAUCGUAAACGAGAAAUCUUUCACAGUCUCACGCAGGGCCGUGGAUACAAUCUUAUGCAACAGGGUCCCAUUAAACAGGAAAUCGACAACGAUUAUCACAGUUUGGUGCAUGAAUUAGCGCUCAAUCUUAGCGUGAUACCAGUACAGCAGUUAAAAAAUGCUACUUUGCGACGUCAAGUGCAACGACUCUCCAAACUGCAAUUAUACGGUUUAGAUAAAGCGGAUCUUGAACAGGCGAAAGAGAUGUUGCAUACAAUGCAAUCGUUUCAAACGUCACGUUUAAUAUGCGUGGACGAUUGCACACAAAUGAUUGCCAUGAUACCGACAAUUAAAACUCAAGUGAUACGCACAAAGAACCUGAAAGAUCUGGAGUAUUAUUGGCUCAAGUGGCGACAAGUGAUAGGUGAAAAUGAUUUGGCGAAAUCAACGUUUAUCGAUUUUGUGCGUUACUUGCGUAUUGCCGCCACCUAUAACGGUCAUGUGACACCAUCUCGUACUUGGUAUCUUUAUUACGAUAGUGAGAAUUUUCAACGUGAACUGGAAGAUAUAGUAUGGGAGAUGAUGCCAUUGUAUAAAGAAUUGCAUGCUUAUUUGCGUUAUUCGAUACGUUUAACCUACGGCCAACAAUUAACUGAAAGUGAUGGUGGGAUACCGGCACCUGUUUUCGAGCAAAUAAUAUCGCAAAGCUGGUAUCCUCGCCCAGCGUUUCGUACUCCUUAUCCGAAAAGUCAAUUGCCAACAGUUAAGCAACGACUAGAGGAAGUAAUGGUGACUCCGGUAAAAAUUAAUAAAAAAGUCGCUGAAUUUUUUGAAUCUUUAGGCUUAAAUCAUAUGUCCGACGCAUUUUAUGAGAAAUUUUCUCGACGUAUUAAUGACGACGAAAUAGGACCUAAUUGCGAAGCUGAAGUCUUUUAUUUUCCUCCUGAUGUUGCUCUACGCUAUUGCCCAAAACUGGAUUAUAAAAUCUUAUUGCAAAUGCACGGCCAUAUGGCCGAACUGCAGUAUAAUUUAUAUAAGAAAGAGUUGCCGUUUGGUUUGGAUCGAGAACCAUGUCCCGGUUUUGGUAGUGCUAUAGGCGAAGCCGCCAUAAUAUCAUCCGGUACACCCAGACAUUUGCAUCGUUUACACAUCUUGCUUAACAGUACCCUAAGUAUCGAACAUUCGAUGAAUCGUUUGUUUCGCAUGGCUGUGCAUACCCUGCUGGCAGUUCCACAAUAUUUCAUUAACGACAAAUUCCUGGUUGAUGUUAUGGACGGACGUAUUGGUUCGCAUGAGUUUAAUUGCGGUUACUGGCGCUUACAAUCCAAGUAUGCUGGAGUUGUACCUCCAAUGAGACGCAAUGAGAAAAAUUUCGAUCCUGACUUUAAAUUUUAUCGCGGCCUCAAUCCAGAAAAAUCCAAUACAGCUAAAUUUAUAUCGGAAGUAUUGGGCUUUGAAUUUUAUCGCGCCUUCUGCUUAGCAAGUGGUGAAUAUAAGCCAGGAAAUCCGGACUUUCCUUUAUCGAAUUGUGACUUUUAUGGGAGUAAAAGCGCUGGAAAUAUGAUUAAAAAAAUGAUGCAACUGGGUGCCGCAAAACAUUGGCGUGACGUAAUGGAAAUAGCUACCAGUGAACGUAAACUAAGCGCUAAAGGCUUAAUGGAAUACUUCGGACCUUUGUUUAUAUGGCUAAAAGAGGAGAAUAAACGUUUAGAUAUACAAACCGGUUGGGAUGAUGAUAUAGAAUGUGGUAACAAUUAAAUGAAUCGUCCGUCUUCUGUCAUACAUGAUUUAUAAAAUUUGCUUGACCUGCACAAACCGCAGAGCGAG